UUUUCGUUUUCAUUCUGUGAAUAAAAGUAAGCAAAGCCAUAAAUGCUAGCUGGUUUGUGUAGGGUUAUUGUCAACUAGUCUUAGCAACGAAGAUUACUUCCCUUUGCCUUGUACACCCUCCUCUUUAACUUUUUUUCUCUAUAUAUACAUAGUUGCUUUCGAAAACAUUUAUAUAUUAGCUACUUUUUCGGAGACCAAGUAUCUUGAAUCAAUCAACCGGAGAAAAUAAUAAUAAUAAUAAUAAUAAUAUUAAUAUUAAUAAUAAAUGGAAUUUUACGCAUACCCAUCUCGAGCUUUGCCUUCAGCAUCGUCUAUUUCAUCUAUUUCAAUUGGAGAUUUGGUUGAAAGGGCCAAAGAUUGCUUCACCCUUGGGGUAUCUACAAUCGUCGGCAAUGUAUUCUCUGCGAUCUUCACCUUCUUCUUUGCUCUUGUGGGCACCUUAUUAGGAGCAAUGACUGGAGCUUUGAUAGGGCAAGAGACAGAAAGUGGAUUUGUCAGAGGGGCUGCAGUUGGUGCCAUAUCUGGUGCUGUUUUCUCUCUUGAAGUAUUUGAAUCAUCUCUGUUAUUGUGGCAGUCUGAUGAAUCUGGAAUUGGAUGUCUUCUUUAUUUGAUUGAUGUAAUCGCGAGCCUAUUAAGUGGUAGACUGGUUCGUGAGCGGAUUGGUCCUGCAAUGCUAAGCGCUGUGCAAAGUCAGAUGGGAGCUGUUGAAAGUGCAUAUGACGAGUUCCCUAACAUUUUCGAUAUAGGUGGGGCAAAGGGUUUACCUGGAGAUUCUGUUGAAAAGAUCCCUAAGAUUGUAAUAACAAAUGAUAAUAAUGUGGAUGCUUCUGGAGAGAGAGUCUCCUGUUCAGUCUGCUUACAGGACUUUCAACUAGGAGAGACUGGUAGAUGUUUACCACAAUGUCAUCACAUGUUUCACCUUCCGUGCAUUGAUACAUGGCUGUUGAGACAUGGAUCUUGUCCAUUGUGCAGAAGGGAUCUGUAGGUGACUCUACCUCUGUAAAUUAUAAUGUGGCUAUUUUAUUUCCUCAUACUUGGCGGUAGGAUUUAUCUUUUUCUUUGUCGUCGCUUGUACGAAUUUUCCUAAAAAUAUAAUGUAAAUUAAGAUCUGUGCUCCUUCGAGCUUGAUCGUUGUAGUUGCUUACCAUCAUGUAUAGAAUUUUGAGCAAUCUUAGUGUAUUCUACUUCCACAAAGUAGCACUUUGUA